UGAAAAGUAUUGAAAUUAUUUUAAACCAUUUAAUGCAUGUGGGAACAAAAUUAAGACUAUGUCUUAAAAUAAUUAAAUAUAAACAAAAUACUUUAGAAACACAUUAAUUAUGGCUUUUUCUUUAACUAAUGAUUGUAAACAAAGUCUUAUGACAAUAACUCAACUACCUCAACAAAAUCUUGAAAAAUUAUGUACGCAGCUUUCAGAUUAUUUAAACAAUGAAAGAUCUGAAAAUUUCACUCACCCCCAAGACCUCGCCACGACUGCUACGAUCUUACACUUCUUCCUAGAAUGCACAAAACAAAAAUUAAACAGCGAUGAAUUCAAAGAAUGCAUUACCACCCUAGGAUUCGAUGAACCCAAAUCAAACACUCUCAAAAAACUCUAUGACAACUCUGCAGAGUCUUUAAAACAAGUAUUCAUCCUCAAAAGUCCAAAUUUAAACUACUAUGUAGACUUAUGUUGGAGAUUCGAAGUCCAAGUGGCUUCGAGGUACUUGAAACAACAGUGUAUGCCUGUGAUUACUUUGACUUUACAAAUAUCGAAGGGUGAGAGUUUGAGGCUGAAAAACGAGCCCAAAAAUGAUGAGGAACAGAGUUUGUUCAAGAAGAAGGAAAUAUUGAUGCAAACCGAUGUUAAUAAUUUGUGUAAAAUGAUUCAGGUUUUAGAAAAGGCUCUGCAAGAGGGUAAGAGUCAACGUGUGCAUAAUAUUACACAUGCUUUGGGAUAAAAAUAAUUAUUAAUUAAU